ACAACGCUGAUAAGUGACAGUACUGAAAACCAAACAAAUGACAAGAGCGGCUUCGGAGAGGAGCUGUCAGUGACAUCAUUUGCACCGUGCGGCAUGUUGCCAGCGCACAGUGGAAUAAAUCGUUGGCAUUUCGCACAUUUAGAAUUCUAGUUACUCAGAGGAAGGAUUAUUGUUCGUGCGAGUAAAGAAUUUGCUGUCAUGUUUUUGAAAUUAAGGAUAUAUAUAAUCAUUCUUUUUGGAAUCGCAUGGCUAUAUGAAGUGCAAUGCAAUGAUAAAGAUUACAACGACUGCAGUUUCAUUUACUGGAAGAUGGACUGGAAGUCCGCCGUGGCCACUUGCGAAUCGGACAACAAGCAGCUGCUGUGCUACAAGUCCAAGAAGGAGAUGGACGACAUCACGGAGGCGUUCAGGCUGGCUGCUUUCGGCAGUGCCGAACUCGAAUUGUGGCUAUCCGGGAAAAACUGUUCGGAACCGCAAGUAAUGGACGAGUGCCUUAUUCUUCAUAUUAGAAAAACCAAUUUGAAACUGUGGCACUACUUCCGACAAGACUGCACAAAGAAAUAUCCUUUUGUUUGCUGCGUAAAGGAAAAUGUGCGACCCUCAUCGACUACUACAGCUGCACCAACAACAACUGCAUCCACAAUCACAAGCGCAGAAAUUGUACCUGGCAAAUCGACUUCAACGACCAGCACGACAGUGGCCACAACGAGUACUACUAGUACUACAGUGAGACCCGAUUUCUGCAAGAAAGUUCACAGAAGAGGUAUAGAAUGGCCAGAAACACCUGUUGGGGAAGUCGCCGUUGUACCGUGCCCAGGCAAUUCGACUGGAAAGGCUCGGUGGUUAUGUAAAGGCAGUGAAAGAAUCAAAUGGGACAAAAAUGGACCUAAUUUAAGAAACUGUAGAUCUCUCGAUAUGCAGGAUUUGAAAAAUAAGUUUAACACAUCGACCCUUCAGCACGCCAUGUCUUUAUUAGAGAAAGUGUUCAGUGACCACGAACAAGAAAUAUUCGGGGAAGAUCUCGCAGAUGUGAUCGCCAUGAUGACGUCACUUCCCCACCGCUUUCUGACAGCAACGCAGUUCCAACCCAGUCCGGACAGAUGGACAGCCACCAAGAGCUUGAUCGAGAAAUCGGCGUCGCUGUUCGAUCGGAUAAUAGAACUGAACGAAACUUGGCAUGAUAUAGCAGAGGAAAGACGACCGAUCGCAGGCACACACCUGCUUUCGACCAUCGACGAAAUGGGCCUAAUUCUGGCAGAUGCCAUGGUGGAGGGCAUCAGAGAGCAAAGUGUUAUAGGAAAGAACAUGGCAAUGCAGGUCUUGAGGACACAGCGUGGCGAACCAUUGCAGUUGCCACAGUGGGAGGUCACCAGCGGUUACAGUCACAGAGGAAAUGUCAUGCUGGAACAAGGAUACGAUGCACGUUUGCGUCCGGAAGAAGGAAAUAUUUCUGUUUUAUUUACACUUUACUCUGAUCUAACAAGCAUAUUUUCAUCGCAGGAGGCUCAAAAUAAAAACAAUUCCUCCGGGAUCUUGAAUUCUGCUGUCGUAAGUGCAACCGUCUCCCAAAACAGGAAACCCAGGCCAAUCAGUCGUCCUGUCAGAAUCCUAAUGGAGCAUCUGUUGCCGAAACCGAACGACUCAGCCUGCGUUUUUUGGAACAUGCAAAGAAACGAGUGGGACACUGAGGGUUGCCGGGUGGAGAGUGGGAACGACACCUACAGCCUCUGCGUCUGUAACCAUCUGACCAACUUUGCUCUACUCAUGGAUUACCAGGGUCUCUUGGACGAUGUGGACCAGCGACCCUUCCACUACAUCACCCUGGUAGGGUGCGUCUUAUCCAUCGUCUGCCUAGCCGUAUGCGUCGUCGUCUUCUCGUGCUACAGCUAUCACAGCAAACACGCCUGGGGACUGCGGUACACCAUUCACCGGAACCUGUGCAUAGCGCUUCUUAUUGCUAAUCUGCUGUUGGUGGUUGGGCUCGACAGAACUGACAGUCCGGUGUUCCUUUGGCUAUUGUCAUUAUCAGUGCCAUUAUCCGCCCAGAAUACUAUGGAACGGAUAAAAUAUGUUGGCUUUCGCAAGAGAAAGGUACCAUUUGGGCCUUUAUGGGACCAGUUGCAUGCAUUUUAACGCUCAACGUAGCAGCUUUGGUAUUAGCUCAAUACAAAGCGAGCAAAAUUUCCAUGAAGGAUGACAACAUCGCUCUCUUCAAAAGGUGGCUUCGAGUGACCUUGAUACUGUUUCCAGUACUGGGAAUAACGUGGAUAUUUG